GGAUGGGCUGCUGAGCACGCGGGGCUAGUCCGGCCACGCUCCGUACCGCGCACCUCGCUGGCAGCCCUGGCCUUCUCCCGGGUCCCAGGAACGGUGUCACGCUCUGAACUCUGGUGACACAGCUCUUCCUUGAGAUUGCAGCCACCCAGUUUUACACGUACUUCUUUUAAAAUAGGGAGCGGGGAAAAAAAAACAGUGUUCUGGAGGUGGCACUUUGAUCAUUUCCAGUUUAUCAGCUCAGCGCCUUGUGCGCCUGUUUUUAUCGGAGAUUUUAACUACCUGUAAAAGCUAAAGAUGGCUGUGAGCGUCACGCCGAUCCGGGACACAAAAUGGCUCACGCUGGAAGUGUGUAGGGAGUUCCAGAGGGGGACUUGCUCACGGCCAGACACGGAAUGUAAAUUUGCACACCCAUCGAAAAGCUGCCAAGUCGAAAAUGGACGUGUAAUCGCCUGCUUUGACUCAUUGAAAGGUCGAUGCUCAAGGGAAAACUGCAAAUAUCUUCACCCACCACCACACUUAAAAACGCAGCUGGAGAUCAAUGGCCGCAAUAACCUGAUUCAGCAGAAGAACAUGGCCAUGCUGGCCCAGCAGAUGCAGCUCGCCAAUGCCAUGAUGCCCGGAGCCCCGCUGCAGCCCGUGCCAAUGUUCUCCGUCGCACCGAGCUUAGCCACCAAUGCGUCAGCCGCCUUCAACCCCUACCUGGGGCCUGUGUCCCCGGGCCUGGUCCCUGCGGAGAUCCUGCCCACAGCCCCGAUGCUGGUGACAGGGAACCCUGGUGUCCCAGUUCCUGCCGCUGCCGCCGCUGCUGCCCAGAAGCUGAUGAGGACAGACAGGCUGGAGGUGUGUCGAGAAUACCAGCGUGGGAACUGCAACAGGGGAGAGAACGACUGCCGGUUCGCUCACCCCGCCGACAGCGCGAUGAUCGACACCAACGACAACACGGUCACCGUCUGCAUGGAUUACAUCAAAGGGAGAUGCUCCCGGGAAAAGUGCAAAUAUUUUCACCCUCCUGCACACCUGCAAGCCAAGAUCAAGGCUGCCCAGUACCAGGUUAACCAAGCUGCAGCUGCCCAGGCAGCAGCGACUGCAGCUGCCAUG